UCCUUCUUUUCCGUCUCUGGCCGGCUGGGCGCGGGCGAGUGCAGGCGCGGCGUGUGGACGCUCGCGCUGGUUCCCCUUCGCCUCCUCUCCCGGCCCGGGCCCUGGGGAGUUCGCUGACGCCGGGUGAGCUGCGCCUGCCGCCAAGAUGCCGGCCUAUUUCCAGAGGCCCGAGAAUGCCCUCAAGCGUGCCAACGAAUUUCUUGAGGUUGGCAAAAAACAGCCUGCGCUGGAUGUUCUUUAUGAUGUUAUGAAAAGUAAGAAACACAGAACAUGGCAGAAGAUACAUGAGCCAAUUAUGUUGAAAUACUUGGAACUUUGUGUGGACCUUCGUAAGAGCCACUUGGCUAAGGAAGGCUUAUAUCAGUAUAAGAACAUUUGUCAACAGGUAAACAUUAAGUCUUUAGAAGAUGUUGUAAGGGCUUAUUUGAAAUUGGCAGAGGAAAAAACUGAGGCUGCCAAAGAAGAAUCCCAACAAAUGGUCCUAGAUAUAGAAGAUCUGGAUAACAUUCAAACUCCUGAGAGUGUUCUCCUAAGUGCUGUAAGUGGGGAAGACACCCAGGAUCGAACUGACAGAUUACUUUUGACUCCCUGGGUUAAGUUCCUGUGGGAAUCCUACAGGCAGUGUUUGGACCUUCUUCGAAACAAUUCUAGAGUAGAGCGCCUUUACCAUGAUAUUGCCCAACAAGCUUUCAAAUUCUGCCUACAAUAUACUCGUAAGGCUGAGUUCCGUAAACUCUGUGACAAUUUGCGAAUGCACUUAUCUCAGAUUCAGCGUCAUCAUAACCAAAGCACUGCAAUCAAUCUUAAUAAUCCAGAGAGCCAGUCCAUGCAUUUGGAAACCAGGCUUGUUCAGCUGGACAGUGCUAUCAGCAUGGAGCUGUGGCAGGAAGCCUUCAAAGCUGUGGAAGAUAUUCAUGGCCUAUUCUCCUUGUCUAAAAAACCACCUAAGCCUCAGUUGAUGGCAAAUUACUAUAACAAAGUCUCAACUGUGUUUUGGAAAUCUGGAAAUGCUCUGUUUCAUGCAUCUACCCUCCAUCGCCUUUAUCAUCUGUCUAGAGAAAUGAGGAAGAAUCUUACACAAGAGGAGAUGCAGAGAAUGUCUACUAGAGUCCUUUUGGCCACUCUUUCCAUCCCUAUUACUCCCGAGCGAACCGAUAUUGCUCGACUUUUGGACAUGGAUGGCAUUAUAGUUGAGAAACAGCGACGCCUUGCAACACUGCUAGGUCUUCAAGCCCCACCCACUCGAAUUGGCCUUAUUAAUGAUAUGGUAAGAUUCAAUGUACUACAGUAUGUUGUCCCAGAAGUCAAAGACCUUUACAACUGGUUGGAAGUAGAAUUCAACCCACUAAAGCUCUGUGAGAGAGUCACAAAGGUACUGAAUUGGGUUAGGGAACAACCUGAGAAGGAACCAGAGUUGCAACAGUACGUCCCACAGCUGCAGAACAACACAAUACUACGCCUUCUGCAGCAGGUGGCACAGAUUUAUCAGAGCAUUGAGUUUUCUCGUUUGACUUCUCUGGUUCCUUUUGUUGAUGCUUUCCAACUGGAACGGGCCAUAGUAGAUGCAGCCAGGCACUGCGACCUGCAGGUUCGUAUUGAUCACACUUCUCGGACUCUGAGUUUUGGAUCUGACUUGAAUUAUGCUACUCGAGAAGAUGCCCCGAUUGGACCUCAUCUGCAGAGUAUGCCUUCAGAGCAGAUAAGAAAUCAGCUUACAGCCAUGUCCUCAGUGCUUGCAAAAGCACUUGAAGUCAUCAAGCCAGCACAUAUUUUGCAAGAGAAAGAAGAACAGCAUCAGUUGGCAGUCACUGCAUACCUUAAAAAUUCACGAAAAGAGCAUCAGCGGAUCCUGGCUCGGCGACAGACAAUUGAGGAAAGAAAGGAACGUCUUGAGAGUCUGAAUAUCCAGCGAGAGAAAGAAGAGCUGGAGCAGAGGGAGGCUGAACUCCAGAAAGUUCGGAAGGCUGAAGAAGAGAGGCUGCGCCAGGAGGCAAAAGAGAGAGAGAAGGAGCGGAUCCUGCAGGAGCAUGAGCAAAUCAAAAAGAAAACUGUUCGUGAGCGGUUGGAGCAGAUCAAGAAGACAGAGCUGGGUGCCAAAGCAUUCAAAGAUAUUGACAUCGAAGACCUUGAAGAAUUGGAUCCAGAUUUUAUCAUGGCCAAACAGGUUGAACAACUGGAGAAAGAAAAGAAGGAACUUCAAGAACGCCUGAAGAAUCAAGAAAAGAAGAUUGACUAUUUUGAAAGAGCUAAACGUUUGGAGGAAAUUCCUUUGAUAAAGAGUGCUUAUGAGGAACAGAGGAUUAAAGACAUGGAUCUGUGGGAGCAGCAGGAAGAAGAGAGAAUUACUACAAUGCAGCUCGAACGAGAAAAGGCUCUGGAACAUAAAAAUCGAAUGUCAAGAAUGUUGGAAGACAGAGAUUUAUUUGUGAUGCGACUCAAAGCUGCCCGACAGUCAGUUUAUGAGGAAAAACUGAAACAAUUUGAAGAGCGAUUAGCAGACGAAAGGCACACUCGCUUGGAAGAGCGGAAGAGGCAGCGGAAAGAAGAACGCAAGAUCACCUACUAUAGGGAAAAGGAGGAGGAAGAGCAGAGGCGGGCGGAAGAGCAGAUGCUGAAAGAGCGAGAAGAAAGAGAGCGUGCUGAGCGAGCAAAACGGGAGGAAGAACUUCGAGAGUAUCAGGAGCGGGUCAAGAAACUUGAAGAAGUAGAAAGGAAGAAACGUCAAAGGGAGUUGGAAAUUGAAGAAAGAGAACGGCGUAGAGAGGAAGAGAGGAGACUUGGUGAUGACCCACUUUCCAGGAAGGACUCUCGAUGGGGAGAUAGAGAUUCAGAAGGCACGUGGAGAAAAGGACCAGAAGCUGACUCUGAAUGGAGGAGAGGCCUGCCAGAGAAGGAGUGGAGACGUGGAGAAGCACGGGAUGAGGACAGGCCUCAUAGGAGAGAUGAAGAGCGGCCAAGACGCUUGGGGGAUGAUGAAGAGAGAGAGUCUUCUCUUAGGCCAGAUGAUGAUCGCAUUCCUAGACGUGGCCUGGAUGAUGACAGAGGCCCUAGACGUGGUCCUGAUGAAGAUCGCUUCUCUCGUCGAGGAACAGAUGAUGAUCGUCCUUCUUGGCGUAAUGCAGACGAUGACAGGCCUCCCAGGCGAAUUGGUGAUGAAGACAGGGGGAGCUGGCGUCAUGCAGACGAUGACAGACCACCCAGACGAGGACUGGAUGAUGACAGGCCACCCAGACGAGGACUAGAUGAUGACAGACCACCCAGACGAGGACUAGAUGAUGACAGACCACCCAGACGAGGACUAGAUGAUGACAGACCACCCAGACGAGGACUAGAUGAUGACAGACCACCCAGACGAGGACUAGAUGAUGACAGAGGAAGCUGGCGAACAGCAGAUGAGGACAGAGGGCCUAGACGUGGGAUGGAUGAGGACCGGGGGCCGAGGCGAGGAGGUGCUGAUGAUGAGCGGUCAUCCUGGCGUAAUGCUGAUGAGGACCGGGGUCCCAGGCGGGGCAUGGAUGAUGAUCGGGGUCCCAGGCGAGGGUUGGAUGAUGACCGAGGACCUUGGCGGAGUGCUGAUGAUGAUAGGAUUUCCAGGCGUGGUGCAGAUGACGACAGGGGGCCUUGGAGAAACAUGGAUGAUGAUCGCAUUCCCAGACGGGGUGAUGAUGCAAGACCUGGUCCCUGGAGACCAUUUGUCAAGCCAGGUGGAUGGAGAGAGAAGGAAAAGGCUAGAGAAGAGAGCUGGGGUCCACCUCGAGAAUCAAGACCAUCAGAAGACCGUGAAUGGGACAGAGACAAAGAGAGGGAGAGAGAUGGUCAAGAUCGAGAGGAGAAUGACAAGGAUCCUGAGCGAGACAGGGACCGAGAGAGAGAUGGGGAUCGGGAGGAUCGUUUCAGGAGACCCAGGGAUGAAGGUGGCUGGAGAAGAGGCCCAGCUGAGGAAUCUUCAAGCUGGAGAGAUUCAAGUCGCCGUGAUGAGAGGGAUGACCGUCGGCGGGAGAGAGAUGAUCGACGGGAUCUGAGAGAUCUCAGAGAAAGACGGGAUUUAAGAGAUGACAGAGACCGCAGAGGACCUCCCCUCAGAUCAGAGCGAGAAGAAGCAAGCUCUUGGAGACGUGCUGAUGAUAGGAAAGAGGACCGGACAGAAGAGCGAGACCCACCUCGGCGUGUUCCUCCUCCAGCUCUUUCAAGAGAUCGAGAGAGAGAGCGAGAGGGUGAGAGAGAGAAGGCUUCCUGGAGGGCUGAGAAAGAUAGGGAACCACUUCGUCGUACUAAGAAUGAGACCGAUGAAGAUGGGUGGACCACUGUGCGGCGUUAAGUCCCAAGAUGGUGGAGUCGAACUUGUGUCUUGCAUAGGUUUGAUUGAAUUCAAGGAUUAUUAUACUUGUGCUUCAACCAAUCUAAAUUGGAUUCUUUAAUGUUGUCUCACCAUAACACAAAAAGCAUGAACUUGUAUUAAUCCUAUAUGAUAGAUUGAUCAUGCACCAUAUCCACACGAGGUUGGAAAACCAUGCCAUUUUCUGGAAUUUAAGGUGUUACAUUAUUUCAUCAAUCAUUUGUUUACAAGAAAGAAAAACUAAAAAAUAAAAAUGUGAACACUUUGGGUGUUAAUACCUGUAUCUUGGUAUACAACUGAUCUUUUUUCUUUUGAUUUUGAAAUAUCAGAUAUUAAUUUGGAAUAAGGUAAGGUUCUGUUAAAACCUUUGAAGACCCUUUAAGCCAGUGGCUCUGAAACAAACUUCCUAUCAUUAGCAGUUGGGGGACAUACCUUGUUAGGUAUUCUGAGGUAUUUACUGUUUUAAGUUUUCCGGUAAGUGCAGUAAACAUUACAGACAUUGGCUGCAGUGGGAUUUCUGUAGACUUUACAUGAGAGAAGGUGAGUAUACAGUUCCUACUGUAAUGGUGAGACUGCUCAAGGGAGAUCCCAAACAGCACAGCUUUGGAGUCCUAGCAUCUGAUAAACUGUCACUGAGUUUUUUCUGUUGCCAGUAGUAAACUUCUUUCCCAUUAAUGGAAAAUUCAUGCCUUUCAAGCAUUUUAAAUAUGAAAAUAUUUAUAAAUGUGUGGUUUGGAGGAAUUCUUUUUUCCUAAUUUUCUUUCUUCAGGAUAGACUCUUUCAACGAGUACUUUGUAGUAAUGACUGUGUUGACUUCAAUUUUGGAGUGUGGUAGCUAUGUUAAAGAGUAACUAUUUGGUCUUAUUGAAGCCAACACAGAACUUGCUGCUGUGUUUUUUUUCUUCAGUGAUAAAUAAAGUACUUACAGAAUU